AUGAUUGAGAAGAAUCCCGAGCGCAUUUUUGGUGUCCUUAUCAGAGUUGAAGACACGUUCGAAAUCGCCGACGAGGAGCAUGUCACCGGUGAGCGCGGCGCCGGAGUACGCACUGAUGUACGCGUUCCUCAGCUCGGCGGCGAAGGCACUGAGCCCGUCCGUCACGCCGUCUAUCACAGCCGUGCUUGGCCUGGCGAAGCUCUCCGGCCUGAGGCCGGCGAGUGCCUUGUCAAGCGCGUCAAGCAGACCACGGACCUCAUGGCCGUAGCGUUGCGCACCGGUUAUGUGGGUGAGCAGAGCGCUGAGCGCCGUGUGAACUGCACUAAGUCUGUCAGCGUAGUGAUCCUGGGACUUGGGGAGCAGGGGACUUUUGUCGCCCUCACGCUCCCUGUGCUCCCUCCGGAUCUCACUGCCGAGAUACUCGUUGACCGGGGCGUAGAAGCUGUGGAAUGCGGAGGAUAUGACGGCAAUUUCUCUCUCUUCCGUGACGCUUUGGAGGCUGUCAAAAUGUCCGUACACGUAUUUCAUGAGGCCCUUGAAGCCCACGAAGAGAUCCCUGUUUAUCUCGCCGGGCAAUUCCUCCAGCUCCGUCUCCACCUUGGCGGCGAAGUGUUUCAGCGCGUCCUGCACGGACUCCACGUAGUAUUGGCGUGCUUGCUUGGUGAGUUCGGCGAUAGCAUUGUUCACCUCAUCGUCGACGAAGAGUUCAAGGGCUCUCACUGUGUUCCUCUCUAUUCUGUCGGCGUCUUUGAGGAACUGGUCGCACGCCUCCAUGGCCUCCUGGAGGUCACGAAGUUGCAGGGCGUGGAUGUCAUCCUUUAUGCCUUUCAGUUUCUCAUCGACGCUUACUUCUUCCAGUUCCUUUAA